AUGAUGGAGCUGAUGGAUUAUCAGCUGCCGGGGUCUAACACCACUGUGUACUUUUUUUGUGCUUCAGGUUGGAGGUUUUCUGUUGAUGAAAAGAAAGGGGGAAGGUUACUUGCUUUGGAAUUGAAGUCCUUUCUGGAAGAGUUACAGAAAGUUGUUAUAGAGGAUUUUGGUUUCCAAGAUAAGGAUGCUGAUUUGGAUGUCACUACAGGGCAGAACGUUGCUGUCAAGGAUCUUAAGCGUGGUUACGUUGCAUCUAACUCGAAGGAUGACCCUGCUAAAGGUGCUGCUAACUUCACCAAGAUUGAUAGGCGUUCUGGUAAGGAGAUUAAGAAGAAGCUCAAGUUUUUGAAAAAUGGUGAUGCUGGUAUGGUGAAGAUAACUCCGACCAAUCCCAUGGUUGUUGAGACUUUCUCUGAGUACCCACCGCUUGGACGUUUUGCUGUGAGAGACAUGAGGCAGACUGUUGUAGUUGGUGUCAUGAAGAGCAUUGACAAGAAGGAUCCAACUGGAGCCAAGGUGACCAAGGCUGCUGUCAAGAAGGUGCCAAGUAAAGUACCUUAA